CAUCAACAAAAUUUUAAAUAUUUAACAAAGGAUAAGAGUUAGAUAUAUGUGAUAUAAGCUUUCCUUAGCAGUCACACUUUUCCUCUCUCGAGAGAGAGUUUUCAAUCAAAGAGUCACACUUGGGAAGAUGGAGAUCACUAACGUUACCGAGUAUGAUGCAAUCGCAAAGCAGAAGUUGCCUAAGAUGGCAUACGACUACUAUGCAUCUGGUGCAGAAGAUCAAUGGACUCUUCAAGAGAACAGAAACGCUUUUGCAAGGAUCCUCUUUCGGCCUCGGAUUUUGAUUGAUGUGAGCAAAAUUGAUAUGGCGACUACCGUCUUGGGGUUCAAGAUCUCGAUGCCGAUCAUGGUUGCUCCUACUGCCUUUCAAAAGAUGGCUCACCCUGAUGGGGAAUAUGCUACGGCUAGAGCUGCGUCUGCUGCUGGAACCAUCAUGACACUAUCUUCAUGGGCUACUUCCAGUGUUGAAGAAGUUGCUUCCACAGGGCCAGGAAUCCGAUUCUUCCAGCUCUAUGUAUACAAGAACAGGAAGGUGGUUGAGCAGCUCGUGAGAAGAGCCGAGAAAGCUGGGUUCAAAGCCAUUGCUCUCACUGUAGACACACCAAGGCUAGGUCGCAGAGAGUCUGAUAUCAAGAACAGAUUCACUUUGCCUCCAAACUUGACAUUGAAGAACUUUGAAGGUCUUGACCUUGGAAAGAUGGACGAGGCCAAUGACUCUGGCUUGGCUUCAUAUGUUGCUGGUCAAAUUGACCGUACCUUGAGCUGGAAGGAUAUCCAGUGGCUCCAAACAAUCACCAACUUGCCAAUUCUUGUCAAGGGUGUUAUUACAGGAGAGGAUGCAAGGAUAGCGAUUCAAGCUGGAGCAGCAGGGAUCAUUGUGUCAAACCAUGGAGCUCGCCAGCUUGAUUAUGUCCCAGCAACAAUCUCAGCCCUUGAAGAGGUUGUCAAAGCGACACAAGGACGAGUUCCUGUCUUCUUGGAUGGUGGUGUUCGACGUGGCACUGAUGUCUUCAAGGCACUUGCACUUGGAGCCUCUGGAAUAUUUAUUGGAAGACCAGUUGUAUUCGCACUAGCUGCUGAAGGAGAAGCUGGAGUCAGAAAGGUGCUUCAAAUGUUGCGUGAUGAGUUCGAGCUAACCAUGGCACUAAGUGGGUGCCGGUCACUCAGUGAAAUCACCCGUAACCACAUUGUCACGGAAUGGGACACUCCACGCCAUCUGCCCAGGUUAUAGAGAAGAAAAAAACACAAAAACCAGAGAACAGCAACAACACAGAGCAUGUAAUGGCUAAAAAUUAUUCAUAUUCUGAUUGAUCACUUUGCUUAUACUUUGCUAUAUUUAUCUCAAAAACACUUGUUUCUCCCUAUAUCGGAUCACAAAGAAAACAUGCCUAGAGAUUCUCUGUAAUGCUAUUUGGCUACUUUUACCUUUCAUUUUGUUCUUCUUGCUUGUACAAUAGAUGUUGUUGAUUUCUACACUA